AUGGCCUGGGAGACACAGCCGGAGCUGUCCCCAGUGUCCUCUGCCCUGGAGCCCCUGGUCUGGCUGAGUGGUCAAGGCCUGGGCUGUCCCCUGGGACAAAGGUGCAUCCCUUCAGCUCUUGUCUGUGGAGCUCGGGGCUUUCUGUAUUUAUGUCUUUGUAUGAAUGUAUAUAGCAACCAGAGCAUUCUUAAGACUCACCCUGGAGACGGCAGAAGGGAUGCUGCCGCACACUCCAGGCACCUCAGGCCCGGCUUGGAUGGGCAAAGUUGGGCCAGGCCAGGCCCCUGGGCCCUCAGCACUGUGCUUGCCACCGCCGACCUCCGAGUGAGACUCGUGCCUGCCGCUGCCGCCCUGGGUUUAGGCCGCCACCUCUGGGGCCCAAUACUGUCCCUUCUCAGCGCCUGUCAGAGCUGGAUCUGGGACCACUGGGUCCCCUAG